AUGGCCGCAGAUCGGGUGCUGCCACUUCUACCAAACUCCAUGCUUUCCACCAAAGCUUAUGAGCCACGUGUGAGAGUGGUACACAUGGCAGGGUUGGAGUGCGACGUGGAGGGUUGUGUUUGGAGUAGGGUGUGGGCGUCCGUAGAGGAUGAGAGGAGAAUGAUGGCCGAAGGGAAGGCGAGAGGAGAGGCGUCGGCGGUUGGAGAAAGAAAAGGACAAUAG